UAUGUAACUGUAUCAGCCCGAAGAAGAAGUCAAAAACGAACUUGGGUUCGGAUUCCAAUGGUAUCACUGUCGUAUAAAGCCACCAACGAACCGGUUCUACAACAUAAACGGGGCAGUUCAGAACGUCAAAAGCUGGACAACACUCUAAACUCUAUGCUCUCGAAUGGUCCAUAUGAGGUUCCUAUUUGCAUAGGCACAGAAGAACUUACUUCUUCUGACUCAAGAAAACAAGUUUUGCCUUUCGAGCAUUGCCGUGUUCUGGCCAACUUCUAUUACGCUUCUGAACAGCAAUUGCAAACAGCAAUCAAUGUUGCUUUGAAAGCUAGGGAAAGCUGGUCUCGCACGGACUUUGACACUCGUGCCCGUAUCUUCCUCAAAGCGGCUGAUAUGAUCAGUAACCAAAGCCGUUUUCAGCUUCUGGCUUCCACCAUACUCGGUCAGGCCAAGACAAUUUUUCAGGCAGAAAUUGACGCUGCUGCUGAGCUGGCAGAUUUUCUCCGAUUCAAUGUACAAUUCGCAUCGGAGGCUCUCAAAUACAAACCAAUUGAUACUCCCGAUGCUCAAAACCGAGUGAUCUAUAGACCCACAGAAGGCUUUUGGGCUGCUAUCCCUCCUUUCAAUUUCACAGCCAUUGCCGGAAAUCUUUCUAGCGCUCCCGCACUGAUGGGAAAUGUCGUCUUGUGGAAGCCUUCUGACACCGCGGUUUAUUCCAAUUAUUUAGUUUAUCGGAUCUUUCGUGAAGCUGGUUUGCCUGCAGGAGUAAUCAAUUUUGUCCCCGCAGAUGGACCCACGUUUGGCAAGGUGAUUACCAAACACAGCCAAUUGGCCGGGGUGAAUUUCACAGGAAGUACCAGGCAAACGGAAAAUAGAAUUCACAUACUGGACGAUUCUCUGUUUACCAAAAGGAAUUUUACUUAA